AUGAUAAGCGCUAGCCGAACCGCGGCAGCUCGUCUCGUGGGCGCCGCAGCUUCCCGGGGCCCCACGGCCGCCCGCCACCAGUGGCCAGUUUUCUCUGAUACAAUUUUUGUGUCUUUCAGUAAAAAUGUUCCCUUUAAAAUUGUCCGCGCAUCCAAUGGUGAUGCCUGGGUUGAGGCUCAUGGAAAACUCUAUUCUCCAAGUCAGAUUGGAGCAUUUGUAUUGAUGAAGAUGAAAGAGACUGCAGAAAAUUACUUGGGGCACACAGCAAAAAAUGCUGUGAUUACAGUACCAGCUUACUUCAAUGACUCCCAGAGACAGGCCACUAAGGAUGCUGGCCAGAUAUCUGGACUGAAUGUGCUUCGAGUGAUUAAUGAACCCACAGCUGCUGCUCUGGCUUAUGGUCUAGACAAAUCAGAAGACAAAAUCAUUGCUGUGUAUGAUUUAGGUGGUGGGACUUUUGAUAUUUCUAUCCUGGAAAUUCAGAAAGGAGUAUUUGAGGUGAAAUCUACGAAUGGAGACACUUUCUUAGGUGGUGAAGACUUUGACCAGGCCUUGCUACGACACAUAGUGAAAGAAUUCAAGAGAGAGACAGGGGUUGAUUUGACCAAAGACAACAUGGCGCUUCAAAGGGUGCGGGAAGCUGCUGAGAAGGCUAAAUGUGAACUCUCCUCAUCUGUGCAGACCGACAUCAACUUGCCAUAUCUUACGAUGGAUGCUUCUGGACCCAAGCAUUUGAACAUGAAGUUGACCCGUGCUCAAUUUGAGGGGAUCGUCACUGAUCUAAUCAGAAGGACUGUUGCUCCAUGCCAAAAAGCUAUGCAAGAUGCAGAAGUCAGCAAGAGUGACAUAGGAGAAGUAAUUCUUGUUGGUGGCAUGACUAGGAUGCCUAAGGUUCAGCAGACUGUGCAGGAUCUCUUUGGCCGAGCCCCAAGUAAAGCUGUCAAUCCUGAUGAGGCUGUGGCUAUUGGAGCUGCCAUUCAGGGAGGUGUGUUGGCUGGUGAUGUCACAGAUGUGCUGCUCCUGGAUGUCACUCCCCUAUCUCUGGGUAUUGAGACUCUGGGAGGUGUCUUUACCAAGCUUAUUAACAGGAACACCACUAUUCCAACCAAGAAGAGCCAGGUGUUUUCUACGGCUGCUGAUGGACAGACUCAAGUGGAGAUUAAAGUAUGUCAGGGUGAGAGAGAAAUGGCUGGAGACAACAAACUUCUUGGACAGUUUACUUUGAUUGGAAUUCCCCCAGCCCCUCGUGGAGUCCCGCAGAUUGAAGUUACAUUUGAUAUUGAUGCCAAUGGGAUCGUACAUGUUUCUGCUAAAGAUAAGGGCACAGGACGUGAGCAGCAGAUUGUAAUCCAGUCUUCUGGUGGGUUAAGCAAAGAUGAUAUUGAAAAUAUGGUUAAAAAUGCAGAGAAGUAUGCUGAGGAAGAUCGACGAAAGAAGGAACGAGUUGAAGCAGUUAAUAUGGCUGAAGGAAUCAUUCAUGACACAGAAACCAAGAUGGAAGAAUUCAAGGACCAAUUGCCUGCCGAUGAGUGCAACAAGCUAAAAGAAGAGAUUUCCAAAAUGAGGGAGAUCCUGGCUAGAAAAGACAGCGAAACAGGAGAAAACAUCCGGCAGGCAGCAUCCUCCCUUCAGCAGGCAUCACUGAAGCUCUUCGAAAUGGCAUACAAAAAGAUGGCAUCUGAGCGAGAAGGCUCUGGCAGUUCUGGCACUGGGGAACAAAAGGAAGAUCAAAAGGAGGAGAAACAGUAGUAAAUUUUGGAGCCAAAGGACAACAUGAAGCUUGGGAGUGAAGGGACUUCCUGAGCAGAAAUGGGCAAACUUCAGUCUUCUUACUGUGUUUUUGCAGUAUUCUAUAUAUAAUUUC